AUGUCUCGUAGAGGAGUGGAUUACGUACCAGACAGCGAUGAGGAGCAACACUUACUUCGGUCAGAGGAAGAAAUCAUACAUGAACAAUUACUAUCUCAAUGGAGAAGGAUUAGGGAAGCUAAGGAAGUUGAUGACGCUACAGAACAACGACCAUUGUCUCCAUUAUCACCACCACCGCAGGAACUUGGAGACGAUAAUGAUGACCACACAUUUAGGUCAUUUAACAUACCCACUGUUAUUCCUGGACCUGCUGGUAUGGUGCAAGCUGAGAUCACCAAUAGGCAAUCUGAUAAUCCUUUAUCAGCAAAACAAUUGCAUUCAAAUAUUGGCCGAGUUGCCAACAUGGUGUUCAACACUAACCCCUGGCGUUAUGCUCUACAUUAUGUAAAAUCCAGAGGACUACCAGAAGUGACACCAUUGAUUAACAUAGACCAUAAUUUAGAAAGGGUUGCAACUGUUGUUGCUUUUGUCGACUCCAUGACCCCAACAGGCAACGACAAUUAUACACUUAAAUUGAAGGACCCAACUGCAACCAUUGGGGCAAGCCUACAUUACAAAGCAAAGGACCACCCACAAUACGGCCAACACAUUGUUGUUGGUUGUGUCUUAGUGUUGAGGGAGAUUGUGGUCUUUGCCCCAGGCCGUUUUCGUGGUCCAUACUUUUUAAACAUAACCAAAAACAAUGUGCAACGGGUAAUUCAAAAGGAUAUAUGA